GUCCGCCCGGGAUCAUUGAGGAAGGAACUAUGAAUCGGUAUUCAACACACUGGGAGGGUCCCCCGCCAUCUGUUUUUUGGGUGAAGAGCAGAUGUAUCAUUUCUCUACCUGUACAGCAACAUGGACAUCGACGCCACUAUUGGAGCAGGCUUCCUGCUCGGGGCCGGCCAGGCACUAGCCGUCGGUGGCCCAGCGUCGUUGCUGAUGUCUUAUGUAUUCAUAUCUGCAUUAUCUCAUUGCAUCUUGACCGCUGUCGCAGAAGUUGGGGCAUAUCUGCCAAUGCAAGGUGCUGGAGUCAGCGCCUAUGCCUCCCGAUAUGUCUCACCAAGCAUGGGAUUCUCCAUGGGUGCGCUGCAUUGGUAUGGACUGGGAGUUGCAGUCCCGUACCAACUCACAGCCAUGUCCUCUUUCGUUCGGUAUUGGAUGCCCGAUAUCAACUCAGCAAUCCCACUAACAAUCAGCCUCGCAAGCGUUGUUGGAAUGAACUUCAUGCCGCAGCAGUAUUUUUACCUGUCGACGACGUAUCUAAUGUACUUCAAAGUAGCCAUGAUGGCAUUCUUGCUGACUCUCUCUUCGAUCCUCUUCCUUGGUGGUGGUCCGGAUGGUGGCUUUUUGGGUUUCCAUUACUGGAAUACUCCUGGGGCUAUGAAUGAGUUCCUCUUAGGUGGUUCUGGCGGUCGAUUUCUAGGUCUCGUGCAGUCUACAUUGACCAGUGCCGUUGCCUUCCUCUUCUUGCCGGAAAUGAUCAUCAGCAGGGGUGCCGGUCUGGUAUCACCUCGACGCAUGAUACCCGUGACCGCUCAGCAAGACAACGGGAUGGUCACCUUCUCAUACAUGAUGAGCGCUCUCGCAAUGGGAGUCGUCGCCCCUUCCGAUGACCCACACUUGUUGAACGGGAAUUUCGAACCCAGUUCAGGUUCUGGGUCAGAUUCAUCAUCUUCUCAAUCUGGUCAAUCCCCUUUUGUCGUGGGCGUCAACAGGGCAGGGAUCAAUUUCUUGGGCAGUCUCCUGAACGUAGGGAACCUUAUCUCUGCUACCUCUUCAGGAAGCACCUUGCUACAAAUAUCUACCCAAUCACUCAGCUCACUUGCCGCCUCGGGCCAUGCGCCGGCCACUUUCGGGGUCCGCAACAGAUGGGGCACUCCGUACAUGGCUUUGGGGGCGUCUUCAAUUUUCUCUGGUUUCGCAUACCUAGCCCUGGCACAGUCCGAUCCACAGAUUCUCCAAUACUUGAUGAAUUUUAUCAACACUUCGGGCUUUAUGUCCUGGCUCGGUUCCGGCAUGGUGUAUAGCCGCUUUCGCAGUGCUGCCAGGGCCCAGGGUAUCGAGCUCCCCUACACGUCUCGCCUCCAGCCAUACGGUGCAUAUUUUGGCAUGGGGUCUAGCGCUCUACUCUGUCUGGGAAAUGACUUCAGCUUUUUCUUUCCGUCCAAUUUCUCUAUUCCGAACCUGAUGGCAGCAUACAGUGGUAUUCCGAUCUUCCUGCUCACCUACGUGGGACACCGGUUGAUGUUCCGACAGUAUCCGUGGAUAUACAAAUCAGAGGAAGUUGACCUUUUCACUGGGCUCGAUGAGGUUGUUGCUGCUGAACAGGAAGCGAAACCGGAAGAUACGUGGUGGGGACAAUUUUGGGUAAUUGUUGCCGGUAUUCGCGAGAGGUUUCGACGCGCCAUGGCUUUUGUCAGACAAAAAUGGGGUCACUCAAGGCCCAGUGAUUCUGAAAAUAGCGCAGAAGUUGGUGAGACUGAUGAGUUCGAUGGAACUGGAGAGACUCGGGAGGUACCGUGAUCAAGACGACUGCGAGAGUCGAUCUAAAGUGCUGAAUGUGUCUGGGGGAAUCCCGAAACCUGUCAAAGUUGUAUAUCAUCCUGCGCUGAAGCUUCUGUCAGCUAUCCAUACGCACCGGAGAACAGUCUCGAUCAUCGCAUGUUUUUUUGAAAGAAGAUAGUCCCGUGACAUUCAUAGCAGCUUUCUCUAGAAUCCUGUUUCCUGCAAAACAGCACACCAUCUGCGUAGGUGUAUAUAUCUCUGUCGCUGGAGAUCAGCGGUCUGGGCAUGGCAGCAGCCGCCGUCUGAUAAUCCGUCUUUCCUGGCA